AUGUCCGUGGAGACAUCCAGCCUGGAGGCAGACAGCCUGGGGGCAGCCAGCCUGGGGGCAGACAGCCUGGAGGCAGACAGACUGGAGGCAGACAGCCUGGAGGGAGCCAGCCUGGAGGCAGCCAGCCUGGAGGCAGCCAGCCUGGAGGCAGACAGCCUGGAGGCAGACAGCCUGGGGGCAGACAGCCUGGAGGCAGACAGACUGGAGGCAGACAGCCUGGAGGCAGCCAGCCUGGAGGCAGCCAGCCUGGAGGCAGACAGACUGGAGGCAGCCAGCCUGGAGGCAGACAGCCUGGGGGCAGCCAGCCUGGAGGCAGCCAGCCUGGAGGCAGACAGCCUGGAGGCAGCCAGCCUGGGGGCAGACAGCCUGGAGGCAGCCAGCCUGGAGGCAGACAGACUGGGGGGAGACAGCCUGGAGGCAGACAGACUGGAGGCAGACAGCCUGGAGGCAGCCAGCCUGGAGGCAGACAGACUGGAGGCAGCCAGCCUGGAGGCAGCCAGCCUGGAGGCAGCCAGCCUGGAGGCAGACAGACUGGAGGCAGCCAGCCUGGGGGCAGACAGACUGGAGGCAGCCAGCCUGGAGGCAGACAGCCUGGAGGCAGCCAGCCUGGAGGCAGACAGACUGGAGGCAGCCAGCCUGGGGGCAGACAGGGCCCAGAGUUUGUCCACCUGCUGUGGACAAACACCAAGCUUCCUGAUUUAUGAUGUCACAGGUCACCUGGUGGAGUCCACCCAGAGUAUGAUCCGUAUCCUGGGGCUGUCGGCCACGCUGCCUAACUACCUGGACGUGGCCUCCUUCCUGCACGUCAACCCCUACAUUGGCCUGUUCUUCUUCGACAGUCGCUUCCGGCCAGUCCCCCUGGGGCAGAGCUUCAUAGGCAUCAAGUCCAACAACAAGGUCCAGCAGAUGCACGACAUGGAGGAGGUCUGCUACAACAAGGUCCUGAAGCAGAUCAGAGCUGGACACCAGGUCAUGGUGUUUGUACACGCCCGUAAUGCCACGGUGAGGACGGCCAUGGGGCUGAUUGAGAUGGCGAAGAACCGUGGAGAAACAUCCUUCUUCCAGGCGGAGCAGGGACCUGACUACGGACAGUGUGAAAAACAGAUCCAGCGCUCCAGGAACAAGCAGAUGAGGGAGUUUUUUCCAGACGGUUUUGGGAUCCACCACGCGGGGAUGUUGCGAGCCGACCGCAGCCUGAUGGAGAGCAUGUUCACCCGGGGGUACCUGAAGGUGCUGGUCUGCACCGCCACGCUGGCCUGGGGCGUCAACCUGCCCGCCCACGCCGUCAUCAUCAAGGGCACCCAGAUUUACGACGCCAAGCGGGGCACCCUGGUGGACCUGGGGAUCCUGGACGUGAUGCAGAUCUUCGGCCGCGCCGGCAGGCCCCAGUUUGACCAGUACGGCGAGGGCGCCAUCAUCACCACCCACGACAAGCUGAGCCAUUACCUCACCCUGCUCACUCAGCAGAACCCCAUAGAGAGCCAGUUCCUGAACAGUCUGGCUGACAACCUCAAUGCAGAGGUGGCUCUGGGGACCGUGACCAACGUGGACGAGGGGGUGAGAUGGCUGAGCUACACUUACCUGUACGUCCGCAUGAGAGCCAACCCCCUGGUCUACGGGAUCAACCACACGGCCUAUCAGAUGGACCCUGGUCUGGACAUGUACAGGAAGGAGCUGGUGGUGAGCGCUGGCAGGAAGCUGGACAAGGCCCGCAUGAUCCGUUUCGAGGAGCGAACAGGAUACUUCGCCUCCACGGACCUGGGCCGCACCGCCAGUCACUACUACAUCAAGUACAACACCAUUGAGACCUUCAACGAGCUUUUCAACUCCCAAAGAACAGAGGCCGACAUCCUCAGCAUCGUGUCCAAGGCCGAGGAGUUUGAGCAGGUCAAGGUCCGUGAUGAGGAGAUGGAGGAGCUGGAGCAGAUGCUGUGUAACUACUGUGAGCUGCCGGCGGCGGGGGGCGUGGAGAACGGAUACGGCAAGAUCAACAUCCUGCUGCAGACUUACAUCGGCCGGGGCGAGGUGGACAGCUUCUCCCUCAUCUCUGACCUCUCCUACGUGGCUCAGAACGCUGCUCGUAUCGUGCGGGCCCUGUUUGAGAUCGCCCUGAGGAUGCGCUGGCCGGCCAUGACCUACCGCCUGCUCACCCUCUGCAAGGUCAUCGACAAGCGCCUGUGGGGCUUCGCUCACCCGCUUCGCCAGUUCCCCACGCUGCCCCACACGGUGCUGUCCCGCCUGGAGGAAAAGAAGCUGAGCAUGGACAAGCUGAAGGAGAUGAGGAAGGAUGAGAUUGGUCACAUGCUGCACCAUGUGAACAUCGGGCUGAAGGUGAAGCAGUGCGUCCACCAGAUCCCCUCCAUCAUCAUGGAGGCCACCAUCCAGCCAAUCACACGCACCGUCCUCCGUGUGCGCCUCACCAUCACCCCCGACUUCAAGUGGCACGACCAGGUGCACGGUUCAGUUGGGGAGCCCUGGUGGCUGUGGGUGGAGGACCCCGUCAACGACCACAUCUACCAUUCAGAGUACUUCCUCCUCCAGAAGAAACAGGUGCUUAGCGAGGAGCCCCAGCAGGUGGUGUUCACCAUCCCCAUCUUCGAGCCCCUGCCCUCCCAGUACUACAUCAGAGGCGUGUCGGACCGGUGGCUGGGCGCAGAGGCCGUCUGCAUCAUCAACUUCCAGCACCUCAUCCUGCCUGAGAGACACCCUCCACACACAGAGUUGCUGGACCUGCAGCCGUUACCGGUGACAGCGCUGGGGAACCGGCGCUACGAGAGCCUGUACAAGUUCACCCACUUCAACCCCAUCCAGACGCAGAUCUUCCACACGCUGUACCACACCGACACCAACGUCCUGCUGGGGGCGCCAACCGGCUCCGGCAAAACCAUCGCUGCCGAGCUGGCCAUGUUCCGAGUGUUCAACGAGUACCCCUCCUCCAAGGUGGUGUACAUCGCUCCUCUGAAGGCCCUGGUCAGGGAGAGGGUUGAGGACUGGAAGGUCAGGAUUGAGGGGAAGCUGGGCAAGAAGGUGGUGGAGCUGACGGGUGAUGUGACCCCAGACAUGCGAGCCAUCGCCCAGGCCGACCUCAUCGUCACAACGCCAGAGAAGUGGGACGGAGUGAGCCGCAGCUGGCAGAACCGCAGCUACGUCCAGAAGGUCGCCAUCCUCAUCAUCGACGAGAUCCACCUGCUCGGGGAGGACCGAGGGCCGGUUCUGGAGGUGAUCGUCUCCAGGACCAACUUCAUCUCGUCCCACACCUCCAGAAGGGUGCGCGUGGUGGGGCUGUCCACCGCGCUGGCCAACGCACGCGACCUGGCCGACUGGCUCGGGAUCGGACAGGUGGGACUGUUUAACUUCCGUCCUUCAGUGCGUCCUGUCCCUCUGGAGGUUCACAUCCAUGGCUUCCCAGGGCAGCACUACUGUCCUCGCAUGGCUAGCAUGAACAAGCCUGUGUUCCAGGCCAUCCGCAGCCACUCCCCAGCCAAGCCCGUCCUCAUCUUCGUGUCGUCACGGCGACAGACGCGUCUGACGGCUCUGGACCUCAUAGCGUUCCUGGCCACCGAGGACGACCCCAAGCAGUGGCUGCACCAGGACGAGAGAGAGAGCGAUGACAUCAUCGGCACCGUGAGAGACACCAACCUGAAGCUGACGCUGGCGUUCGGCAUCGGCAUGCACCACGCCGGGCUGCACGAGCGGGACCGCAGGACGGUGGAGGAGCUGUUUGUCAACUGCAAGAUCCAGGUGCUGAUCGCCACUAGCACUCUGGCCUGGGGGGUCAACUUCCCCGCCCACCUGGUCAUCGUCAAGGGAACGGAGUACUUUGAUGGAAAGACCCGACGUUACGUGGACUACCCAAUCACAGACGUGCUCCAGAUGAUGGGACGUGCCGGGCGGCCUCAGUUUGACGACCAGGGCAAGGCCGUCAUCCUGGUCCACGACAUCAAGAAGGACUUCUACAAGAAGUUCCUCUACGAGCCCUUCCCUGUGGAGUCCAGUCUCCUGGACGUGCUGUCGGACCACCUGAAUGCUGAGAUCGCGGCGGGCACCAUCACCUCCAAGCAGGACGCCAUGGACUACCUGACGUGGACCUACUUCUUCCGCAGGCUGGUGAUGAACCCCAGCUACUACAGCCUGGAUGACGUCAGCCAUGAGACCAUCAACAAGUACCUGUCUACUCUGGUGGAGAAGAGCCUGAGAGACCUGGAGUGUUCCUCCUGCAUGGAGAUCCAGGAGGAUGAGUGCAGCAUUCAGCCUCUGACGUACGGCCGUAUCUCCUCCUACUACUACCUGAAGCACCAGACCAUCCGCAUGUUCAGAGAGCAGCUGAGGCCUGAGCUCACUGUUGCAGAGGUUCUGUCUGUCCUCACUGAUGCAGAGGAGUUUGCGGAGCUGCCGGUCAGGCACAAUGAGGACCAGCUGAACAGUGAGCUGGCCCAGCGGCUCCCCCUGCAGGUGAAGCCGCACUCCUACGACAGCGCUCACACCAAGACGCACCUGCUGCUUCAGGCGCACUGCAGCCACGCCACGCUUCCCUGCAGCGACUACGCCACCGACACCAAGACCGUGCUGGACAACGCCAUCCGCGUCUGCCAGGCCAUGCUGGACGUAGCCGCUAACGAGGGCUGGCUGGUGACGGCUCUGAGCGUGUGCAACCUGGUCCAGAUGGUGGUGCAGGCACGCUGGCUGCACGACUCCUCCCUCACCACCCUGCCCCACGUAGAGCACACACACCUGGGCCUGUUCAGGAAGUGGGGGACCAGGAAGGGCCGGGGUGGAGGCGGGGCCUCGGGCUACAGCGGACCAAUCGAAAGCCUCCCUGAGCUCAUGGCCGCCUGCCAGGGCAAGGAGAACACCUUCGCCGCCAUCUUGGGGGAGGAGCUUCAGCCUAGUCAGGUUGCCCAGGCAUGGGCGUUCCUCAGCCAGCUGCCGGUGGUGGAGGUGUCCCUGGGUGUGCAGGGCUGGUGGGAGGACAGCCCCGGGCAGAGCCAGCGCCCCCUGCCUGCCCGGGGGAGCGGGCGCAGGGACGGCUGGCUGGACGUCCAUGCUGACCAGGAGUACGUCCUGCUGGUGUCCCUGAGACGCAUCAACAGUGCCCAGCAGAGGAGGAGGCAGGACAGCCGAGCCCAGGCCCCCAGGUUCCCCAAGCUGAAGGACGAGGGCUGGUUCCUGGUGCUGGGGGAGGUGGAGCGCAAGGUGCUGCUGGCCGUCAAGCGCGUGGGCUACAUCCGCAACCACACCUCCGUCUCCCUGGCCUUCUACACCCCGGAGACCACCGGGAAGUGCAUCUACACGCUAUACCUGAUGAGUGACAGCUACCUGGGCCUGGACCAGCAGUACGACCUCCACCUCAACGUCACCCCCGCCAGCAUCGCCUCGCAGGUCAACACGGAGGUCAGCGACGCCCGGGGCCACACGCCCUCCAAGUAAACAACAACAACAUCUCCAGCAGCAGCAGACGCAAUCAAGGAACACAAAUCUCAACUCCUCCGAAGAGAUUGCGAUGCAAAGGAUCGUUCUUGAAGAACCCCGAUUAGAGAGACGCUGAAGCUGCGGCGAUGCUGUGAUUGGCUAGUGCAUGAUGUGGGUGUGGUGGUGGUGUGACUAGGGCUUAGACGGAGCUACGUGAUUGGAUACGGGCUGGGGGGGUGGAGACAGGGAAGGGGCUGUGGAACAGGGCCUUGGAACAGCCAGAGCAUUUCAAAUCAGUCCCCUGAAAGAGGGAGACCCUCCUGUAGGUUUAAACUCUAACCCUAGCUUGUGAACAGCUCCUGGUUACGUAACGGGUGUGCUACACAAGGGCUGGAGUGUAAACCACCAGGACGACAGCUCCCCCAGGAGCCGGGUGGAACAGGCCUGACCCUUCCCUCGUUAAUUCUGUCCUCACCACAGUUGGCGAUCACCGCUCCUUUCACUUAACAGGGUGAGAAGAGAGAGCCACGGAACGGGGGCGGGUGAUUGGCUGGUUUAGGGCUGAUUCAGAGAGGAGUGGGCUGGGAUGUUUAUAGAGACGUUGUCGACGCGAGGAGAGGGAGACGCAGAGAGGGAGUGCGCCCGCUGCUCCACUGGAGCGCGGCCAAGCAGCGCCUUGUCCACUGGGGGGAAAAGAUGACGGGCGUUUAUUCAAAGCGCUGAGGUGGAGUUCCGGGCAGGUGUGUGAAACAUGCUCUCCCUCUGGAGCACCACGCUGUCACAUCUGUUUUGUGAAAUAUACACCCCCUCCCCUCCUCCUCCCUGCCUCCCGUCUCCCAACCCAGAAUCCUUUGUGUUUACUAUAGGAUUACCUAAGAGGCUUCCGUAAAGAGAUCUGCUCCUCUCCUCGACCACAAAUAAGAUUGGUUCAUGUGGAGAAUUUUUUUUUUCUCAAUAAACGUUUCUUUCUUUUGUUUGUUUGUUUUUUUGUUCCUCAUUAAGGGAGUAGGCUGUACUGCAAGAGCUUUUAUUUUGAAACCACACAGACAUACUGUCAGCCUCUUGAGUGCACACGUUUUUUGAACUUUUCUGUUGGACUACAUAAUGGAUUUGAAAAUACGUUUUGAUUUGAGCAAAUAAAUAAAAAAAGAGAAUUGAAA